CUACAGGUGAAAUACUCGAGAGAGCCCGAUAACAUCACUAAAUCUUGCAAGGCUAGGGGAUCUGAUCUCAGAGUUCAUUUCAAGAACACUAGGGAGACAGCGCACGCCAUCAGGAAGUUGCCUUUGGGCAAGGCCAAGAGGUACUUGGAGGAUGUGCUUGCCCACAAACAGGCCAUACCUUUCACUCAUUUCUGUGGUGGUGUUGGGCGAACUGCUCACGCCAAGAACAGACACUCUAACGGACAAGGUCGCUGGCCAGUGAAAUCUGCCAAGUUCAUCUUGGAUUUGCUCAAGAAUGCCGAAAGUAAUGCUCAGGUGAAAGGUUUGGAUGUGGAUGCACUAUUCAUUUCUCACAUUCAGGUUAACCAGGCCCAGAAGCAAAGGCGCCGCACAUACCGUGCUCAUGGAAGGAUUAACCCCUACAUGUCGUCACCUUGCCAUAUUGAGUUGAUUUUGUCAGAAAAGGAAGAGCCUGUGAAAAAGGAGCCCGAGUCGCAGUUGACGACGAGCAAACCGAGGAAGUCUUGA